AUGWUUAGAUCACUGAUUACCGGUUUGCCAAAAGUUAGUAAGAGGCAUCUCUUUCAGAGAAAUUACGCAUCUACUUUAGCUUUCAUUGAAAGUUCGAAAGAUGGUUCAGUCUCAAGAUCCUCAUUAAGUCUUUUGGCUGCAGCACAGAAGUUAUCUAAUCCUAUUACAGCCGUGAUCACGGGUAGCCAAGCUGGGAAGACCGCUCAAGCGUUGAAGUCUUCCUUUUCCUGCAACAGUUUGGAAAAGCUCAUCAUAUUUGAGGAUUCUAAGUUAGACACCUGUCUACCCGAAGAAUUAACUCCGUUGUUAGUGAAGUUGUUAAAAGGCAAUGACUACUCGCAUUUCGUUGUCUCAAACUCCUCGGUCGGGAAAAAUGUGUUGCCUCGUGUGGGUGCACUAUUGGAUAUUCAACCCGUUUGUGAUGUCACUGUAAUUAAAGAUCCUAAGACUUUUGUUAGGCCAAUUUAUGCCGGAAACAUUAUUUCAACAAUAGAGUGUCCGGCAGAGAAGAAAAUAUUGAGCAUUAGAACCUCUUCAUUUGCACCAAUUCCAGAGGGAAGUACGGACUCUGUUGCGAUCGAGAAAGGAACUGAUAUCCCCCCUUGUGAUUUGGACGUCACCUGGGUUAAAACCAUCGUUACUAAGAGCGAAAGGCCUGAACUUACUUCUGCGUUGAAUGUGGUAACUGGUGGAAGAGCGCUCAAGGAUAAGGACACAUUUGAUAAAUUACUCUCCCCAUUAGCUGACGUUUUGCAUGCUGCUAUAGGUGCUACAAGAGCUUCCGUUGAUAACGGGUUAUGCGAUAAUUCUCUACAAAUCGGCCAGACCGGUAAGGUGAUUGCACCAAAUUUGUAUAUAGCCGUUGGUGUCUCCGGCGCUGUCCAACAYUUAGCGGGGAUGAAGGACUCAAAAGUUAUAGUCGCCAUCAACAAUGAUCCUGACGCUCCUAUCUUUAACGUGGCUGACUAUGGGUUACAAGGAGAUCUUUACAAGAUUGUUCCUGAACUGACUGAAAAGCUUCGUAAGUAA